AUGGACCAACUAGAGCAGGGCGCCAAGGGCUCCGAGGGGAAGGAGCUGACGCUGGCUGACGUGGCAGUGUUCUGGCGGCUGAUCCCCGUGCUUGGUGGCGCUGACGCAAGGCCAUCCAAAGUCGCUGAGUGGUUUGGGACCCUGGUCGCCUCCAAACACGUCGCCUCCGCCAUUAAAAGCAUCCUUGGGGACCAAAACCCCCAAACCCUCGCCGACCAAUCCCGCAAGGCCAUCUCCGCUUCCGUUACCGCAGCAUCCGCCAAACCCAAACCCUCCAAGUCCCAAACCCCAGCCGAGAAGCCCGCCGCUUCAAAACCCUCGAAGCCCGCCCCUGCAAACGCGAGCGAUUCGAAAAUUGCUGCAAAGGCGGGAUCGAAGGGCCCUGUAAAAGCGGAGGCGGCGGUCAAGCCAGUGGUGAUCACGGACCCGGGGUCGCCGUACCUGGAGGUGACAGGGCCUCCAAGGGCACCGGUGAAGGGGAAGCGGAACGUUCUUGUGACGAGCGCGCUGCCGUACGUGAACAACGUACCACAUCUCGGGAACAUCAUUGGAUCCGUGUUGAGUGCUGACGUGUACGCCCGAUACUGCCGGCGGCGUGGGUACAACGUUAUUUACAUGUGCGGCACGGACGAGUACGGAACCGCUACCGAGAACAAGGCGCUCGAGGAGGGCCUGACGCCGCGCGAGAUCUGCGAUAAGUACCACGUGAUCCACCGGGACAUCUACAAGUGGUUCGACAUCAGCUUCGACCACUUCGGGCGCACCUCCACCCCCCAACAAACCGACAUUGCGCAGGCUAUCUUCCGGUCACUCCUCGACCAGAACCGACUGAUCGAAGACUCCAUGGAGCAGCUCUACUGUGACCUGGACCAGAAGUUUCUUGCGGACCGGUUCGUGGAGGGCACGUGUCCAAACUAUUAUAAGUAUAAAGAAGCACGGGACGCCGACAAGUGCCGGAAGCUACUGAACCCGACGGACCUGAUCAACCCACGGUGCAAGAUCUGCGGGACGACGCCUCGCAUCCGCUCCACCGAGCACCUUUUCCUGGACCUUCCAACCCUCAAGCCCCAGCUCGAAGAUUACAUCAACGCCACGUCGGGAGUCGGGGAAUGGAGCGCCAACAGCAUCGCAACCACGGGUUCGUGGAUCCGAGACGGGCUGAAACCGCGGUGCAUCACGCGGGACCUCAAGUGGGGGGUACCAGUCCCACUGGAAAAGUUCAAGGACAAGGUGUUCUACGUGUGGUUCGACGCCCCGAUUGGGUACAUUAGCAUCACGGCCAACUACACGGACUCCUGGAAGGAGUGGUGGCACAGCCCAAAAGAUGUGGAGCUGGUGCAGUUUAUGGGGAAAGACAACGUGCCAUUCCACACGGUGAUCUUCCCGUCCACUCUGCUUGGCACCGCCGAACCCUGGACCCUCAUGAAGACCAUCUCCGUGACCGAGUACCUGAACUACGAAGACGGCAAAUUCUCCAAAAGCCGAGGUGUCGGCGUGUUUGGAAACGACGCGCAGUCGACGGGGGUGCCAUCGGAAGUGUGGCGGUACUAUCUCCUGGUCAAUCGGCCGGAGGUUUCCGAUACCGUCUUCAUGUGGAGCGACUUGCAAGCCAAGACCAACGGCGAACUCCUCGCAAACCUCGGCAACUUCGUCAACCGGGCGCUCAAGUUCCUGGCUGACCGGCUGGACGCGACGAUCCCCGAGGCGAAGGCGGCAGCGUCGAACGCGGCGGUGGUCGCACUCGGGAAAGAGGUCCAGGACAACGUCAGGGAGUACGUCAGCAAGCUGGAGAAGGCGAAGCUGAAGGACGGACUCAAGAUUGCAAUGAAUAUCUCCGCACUGGGCAACAAGUUCUUCCAGGACAACAAGCCGUGGGUUCUGCUCAAAGAAGAUAAGCCCGCCUGCGAAGACAUCGUUGCGACGGCAGUGGGGCUCGUGCGGCUACUGGCCACGCUCCUGGAGCCAUACAUGCCCGCAUUCGCGCAUAAGGUCCUGAAGCAGCUGAACCUGCCGCCGAGCUCUUUGUCGCUGACGGACGCUGACGUGGAGCUAACGUCAGAGUUGUGGAAGCUGGUUCCCGCCGGGCACAAGAUCGGAGCGCCCGAGCCUCUCUUCCGCGAGAUGUCGAAUGAAGAAGUCGCAGCCAACAAGCUGAAAUUCGCGGGGAGCCAAGCGGACCGGAAAGCAGCCGAAAGCGCAGCCACAGCGUCGGCAGCAUCCGGAGCGUCGUCAGCCUCGACAUCGUCCUCCGGCCCAGCGACCCCGGCCGCCAACAACGGGAAGCCUAAAAAGGAGAAGGACAAGGGCGCCAAGGAGCCCAAGGGGGGAAGCUCUAGGGGUGCCAAGGAAGCGGAGAAGCCGGUGGACGUGUCGCGGCUAGACAUCAGGGUGGGCAAGAUCGUGAGUGUCAAGAAGCACCCAGACGCAGACAGCCUGUACGUGGAAGAGAUUGACGUUGGGGAGGCGGAGCCGAGGACCGUCGUCAGCGGACUGGUCAAGUACAUUCCGUUGGAAGGCAUGCAGAACCAAGUCAUCUUGACUGUAUGCAACCUGAAGCCGGUCGCGAUGCGGGGCGUCAAGUCCCACGCGAUGGUCCUGUGCGCUUCGGAUGCGGAGAAGACGAAGAUUGAGUUCGUCCGACCUCCGGAAGGUGCCAAGGUCGGGGAGCGGAUCACCUUCCCGGCAUACCCGGGAGAACCGGACGAACAGCUGAACCCGAAAAAGAAGGUUUGGGAAACGGUACAACCAGGGUUUGUCACGACGGAGUCGUUAGUGGCGACCUGGAAGGGGGAUCCCUUCACGACGUCGGCGGGCGUUUGCACUGUUGCGUCGAUACCGGGUGGCAGCAUCUCAUAGGUUGUUAUUGUCGGAGGCUGUAGACGUGUGGCAAUGCAGGUCUGUUAUGAAAGGAACUACGGCGCGGACUCAGCUAAGGGUCACGUUGUUAGCACGCUGCAAUAUAGUCCUACAGGGCCAAGGUGGUAAUCGUAUUCUGGCUCCCUUUGAGUUGAUCAACGGGACCGCUAUUUGAACCAAAGUUUCAGAUGUGUUUGACGUGGCGGCAAGCCCCACCCACCGGGUGUGCAAGCGCGAGAUGCAGUAUUUGUGCAGACCUACUGGUCACGGUGGCUAAUUAAAACAUCGAA